AUGGGCCAUGGUGCCCCAGAGGCAAUGGUCUGGAAGAAGGCUGUGUCCAAAGGAUAUUUGUCCCUGCUCACAGGCUUCCCCCGCAAUUGGACACAACGACAUGGCGAUUGCCUCGCAAUCCGCCGUGCGAGAACUAGGUCUGUGAUGCGGAAAGUGAAGUCCUUGCGCCAACGGCUGGCCGACGGAUCGGUACAACUCACAACGCCUUCGUCACUUGCCGAGCGCCUUCGGCAGCAAGGUCUGCCGCUCCGCCUCGCGUUCGAUCCACUGCCGCGCCUUGCCGUAGAGGAUGCCGCCCAGCACCGUCAGGGAUGCGCCCAGGAUCUGAACCCAGUUCAAAGCCUUGGAAUGGAGACCGUAGGUGGAGAUGGUCACAUUGCCAGCGUCUUUCCUGAGUGGUACCAAAGUGUGCCCGACCGUUGGCAGCAGCUGAUCCAGAAGAAACGCGCCGUGCUGGUGACCGAGACCUCGAAAUUUGAGGUUCGCACGCGGCUCUGCGUGAAUCUUCGGGUGAUUCGCGAGGCUGCCAACAUUUUCGUGACGCUUCAAGAGGGUUCAGAAGAGGCUUGGACACGAGUGAAACGCUCCUUCGACGAGGAACGCUUCGGUGAGAAGCGACUGUCCGUCAAGAGAGCAAAGGUCGUAGAGCCCACGGGUGUCUUCCUGUCGACCGAUGGCUUUCUGAUGGUUCAGGCGAAAGGUCGAAAGCCCAAACCACAACCGAAACCGCCCGAGUCACCCUUGCACUACGUGCUCAGAUACAGCACAAUUUCUGCAAUGCAGUUAGCAGUGGACAAAGAAAACCACUAUGCCUUUGUUGUACUGGGCGCAGCUGGCGAUUUGGCCAAAAAGAAGACUUUUCCAUCUCUCUUUCAGCUCCAUAUGGGGCGUCUCCUUCCAGGAAACAUGCACAUCAUCGGUGUGGACAAUCCGCAGUUCCAUCAGGAUGUGAAGGACGUCUCUGACUUUUGGGAGAAACGACUUCGAGGCUACCUCGAAAAGCAAAAAGGAUGGGUCGCUGAGAGCGCUGUUGCGGUGCUCUCUCUGGACAACCUCUGGCCGUGGACACCAUCGCAUCCAGCCGUAUCAUACGCCUUGGAGUUUGAAGAGCCGAGUGAUGUAGGUGAUGCCAUCAACCUUGCAGGCAGAACCUGUCAGAUUUCAAGAUUGGGGAUGCAUGCCUUGCGAGAGGUGAUUCACAGAGUUCCUACAAGACUACAUGGCCCAGGCCCACUGCCAGAACCGCCAUUCCUGAAAGCCACGAGCUUCGGCCCACCUUUUGCUGUGACCUAUCAUCUCCCUUGGCAUCAAGGCCAGCAAAUUGACCUUGCAGAUCCUGGAGCCUGGCCGCUGGCCCCAAAUACUUUCCCAGGCCAACCGCAAACACUCGUCAUUACGCGUCGUGGCAACAGUGCUGCUCUGCCGGAAGUGCCACGAGAGACUAUUGACCAGCUGCUGCAAUCAGGGCCGAACAGCAGCAGGCAGCCAGCACACGAGGAUCCUGGCAAGCGAGGCCCCAGCUUGGCCACAGCACCAUGGAGUUGGCUUUCCCAGCCGGCAAUGUACUCGAUGAUGGAUCUGGAAAGCUUCAAAUCGCGACUACACUACAUCCAAAUGCAGCUAGAUCAGCCAGAUACCGUCGUGGCUUUGGACAGGCAUUUGCAGGCGCUUGCAGAGGAGCGUCCAAAGCAACAUCGCGUGUUUUACCUGGCCUUGCCACCCUUCCUCUUCGCCAAAGCCGUGGAGAAUCUUCGGGAGCGUUGCUGGUCCAAAAGCGGCUGGAACCGGGUGAUUGUCGAGAAACCAUUCGGCAAAAACGGUACACAGGCUGCAGAACUGACUGAUAGUCUCAAGAAGUACUUGGAUGAGAAGGAAAUCUUCCGCAUGGAUCACUACUUGGCCAAGACGCUGGUGUUGAAUCUCUUGACCCUCAGAUUCGCCAAUCGGGAGUUGGGUCAUUUGUUUCAUUGCCAUCACGUGGCCAAUGUGCGUAUAACCUUUAAGGAGGCCAUCGGAGUGGAGGGCCGCGCGGGGUACUUCGAUGGCUAUGGCAUCAUCCGCGACAUCAUGCAGAAUCACUUGAUGCAAGUGUUGACCCUCGUGGCAAUGGAGGCACCUGCCACCUUAGAAGCUGAAGACGUGAGAGAUGAGAAGGUGAAGGUCCUCAAGCAGAUUCGACCCAUCGCUCCACGUGAUUGCGUCAUUGGUCAAUACGAAGGCUAUCAGAAUGAUCCCGACAUCCAAGAGAUCAAUCGAAAGCGUGGCUAUGCCUCCCGAUCUCCCACCUUCGCGGUAGCGGUGUUGUACUUGGACAACGAGCGAUGGUCAGGUGUGCCUUUCAUCAUGAAAGCUGGCAAAGGCCUUGAAGUGCAUCAGACGAUCGUUCGGAUCCAGUUUAAGAAAGCACCGCCGAACAGCCUCUUUGGAGAGCAGCCGCAGAAUGAGUUGGUGAUUCGGAUCCAGCCCAAUGAAGCCAUCUAUUAUAAGAUCUUGGCAAAGAUGCCCGGCUUGACCCAACAGGCCCGAGACGUGGAGCAGACCGUUCUGGAUCUGGACUUAAAGAAGCGCUUCGAGUUGCGUCGCACGCCAGAGGUGGCCCAGAUAGGCCCGGGGCGAAAUCAGGAGCUCAGAAGCUCCUGCCGUGCGGGGCAGAUCCUGGAGCUGGCUCAGGUAUGGCCUGGUGCUGUAGAUGGUUUGGAGUGUCACAGCAGCGUCACAGAGAGGUGUUGUCCAGAGAAACCUGUUCAACAAGUUCUUGCCUGGAUACAGCUCGCUUCCGAUCACAACCACCAACAGCUGGAGUCAUUGGAAGUUGCCGUGAGCAACGCCGUGGACAUGCAGUCCUUGUUGACCGAUAGCGAAUGCAAGGAGCCGCAUGAGGCCAUUUUGGUGACACGGGCUGCGGCGCUGAAGGCGAUGGUGGAAGACGCCAAACAAUUGCUGACGAUGAUGGUGCACUUGUUGAUCUCAGGUUUGUGCCGCUUCUGCUAUGACUUGGACGAUGAAGCACUGAAACAGCUUCAGGAUGGGCAAGCCGCCCAGCGUGUUGCAGCGACGCUGCAGAAGUUCCAGCGGCUGCAGGUGGAAAUCCACAAGGGUGACCUUUCAGUGGCAGCGAUCGAUACGGAGAGGAGAUGCAUUCCGUACUACCUGGUGGAACUUCUUCCAGGAGUUGCUGUGGGCGACUUUUCAUCAAGUGCUCAAGCUGUCAAGAGACUCGUGGAAUGGCCUCUCCAGCGUCGCUUGGACCCGCAGCUGGCGGCCGAAGGGGUCAGAGAGGAUCGCUUGCACGAGGACUUCUUCGAAGUGGGUGAUCGACUCUUUAGCUCGAUCCUGGCGGCACCUGGACGUGUCGGGCAUCAGCUCAACUUGCUGUGUUUGUCCAUGGAGCGAAGGAAUCACUGGUCCAGGGAGUCCCCAACGGCCCGGAUUUUGUGGGGCUUGGAGAAUCGACUGAAAGGCUUCGGAGAGGACGCACCAAACCGAGCGGCGUCCAAACCAGGCGCCAAAAAGGCGGUGUCGCGACAAGCAAACCAGUCCUACGGUGAACCGGAUCCCGGCGCCGCGUUCGGGUUGGUGGUCUUGAUCUCCAAUCAGACCAGAGGGAGCACAGUGGCGGAAUUGUUGAAACGACUGGAGGGUCCUCAGUGUCUCUUCCUGGAAGACACCUGUGGAAGUGCGUUGGAAGCCUUGGGAUACAAUUGCCAUAGCAACAACGAAGAGCAGCGCAGUUGUUUAUAUCCUGGCCAUGCCAGCCUCAUCCUCCAGACGGCUGAGCUUGAAAGGCAAGAGCCUGCAUUGGUGCCACAUGUGGCAUGGCGUCGGCAUGCGGGCACACGCCACGUGCUGCACAGCAUUUUGGAGUUGGGCAGUUCCUUAUGGGGCCCAGAGAGCUCCAUCUGGAUCAUGGAUUUUCGCCCUGAAGCCAAAUGCAUCGGGCAAAAGCCGUUAGCUGAGCAGUUGAAGGAUGAACCUCAGAAGAGGCUAAAGCUGGUCAAGAAACCAGACGUGCUUCUGGGGAUGCCUCCAGAGACGGUUGAGCCUUUGGAACCCUCCAAGGAUGAGGCCCCAGUUCGCUUUCCCACAGAGACCCCAUGGGCCAUUCGACUGGCAGAGUACCAAGCGAUGCAUCAGCAGUCGCUGGAGCGAAUGAAGUCCAUGAAG